AUGUCCAAGUCGCUAUUAAUACCAAGCGCAAGAGAUCGUGUUGACUCACAUGCCGACCUCGACCAGGACGAGCUAUAUUAUGAGGAAAUUUCGCUAUUACAAAAUGCUCCAGACUCAGCGAACAAGAAUGCAUAUCCAUGGACAUUUUCUCCAGUUCCAGGGUUUUUCAAGCAAACUGACCCUGAUACAGAUGAUUUACUAUUUAACUAUGCGGAAGAAGAUUUGGGAAGAUUGCAUUCGUGGGACGAGAUCAUUACACAGAUCGACGAGUUAAAUAGACAUUCGCCGUAUAACGAAUGCUAUAAGGUAUUGUUUUUAGCCCGUCAUGGUGAAGGAUGGCACAACAUAGCAUCUCAUAAAUACCCCGCCGAAGAAUGGAUGAAAAAAUGGAGGUUUUUAGGUACAGAUGGAGAGUUGACGUGGGGUCCAGAUGCAGGCUUGACAGAGUUGGGUAUUAGACAAGCCAAAGAGAACAAUAUGGUCUGGAAGGAACAAAUGUCUAAGGGGGCACCAAUACCAAGCAAAUUCUAUGUUUCACCAUUGCGAAGAUCGUGUCAUACUUUGAAUUAUACGUGGGAAGAUAUUAAUAUUCCUAAGCCAAUAGUUAAUGAAAAGUUGCGGGAGACUAUUGGAAUUCACUUGUGCCAUAAAAGAUCUACCAAAUCAGAGAUUACCAAAACAUUUCCUUCAUUUCAAUUUGAGCCAAGGUUUUCUGAAACGGACCAGUUGGAUGAAUAUUACUCCAUUAAUAGAGAAAAAUUACAUCAGCAGUUCUUGCGUAUUAAUACAUUUCUUCAAGGUCUCUUUGAACAAGAUUGGCAGAACAAUAAGCACCAGAUAGAUAAAGAAAACUUGAAAGAUAGUACCUUCGUUUCUAUAACUUCACAUGCUGGUACGAUACGUUCCUUUAUAACAGUGAUAAACCAUAGAAAAUUCACUAUACCUACCGGUGGAAUGAUACCGAUAGUGGUCAAAGGAAGUAGAAACUUUUAA